AUGAAUAGUGUCUCAGGUGAGCUAACAAACCUGCUCGAGAGCUCGAGAACAGUGCCAAUGAGAGUGUUUGUUGUCUCAAGACUUAAAAAGAGGGGCUUUCAGAUCUUACCUUGUUUUUUUUCAAGUUCUCGCUUGAAUGUUGAUCAAAAGGGGACCGUGAUCGGAGUUAAGCCAUCGGAGGUUGGGACAUCAGACGAUGCGGAUUGUCAGAUUGACUUUUUUACAAAGUUCGGCAAGAAAUUAGCAAAAACAUUUUUUUUGGAAGAUAUUGUAAAGAGGACCAAUUUUAAAGGAUUGAAAGGACAAUGUCUCCCGCUUUAUGGCUUGCGGGACUCUUCCCUUUUGGUUUUGAGUGGUUUAGGGAAGGAAGAUUCUACCACAUUUGAAUGCGUUGGAGAUUAUAUCGAUGAUGGAAUUAAUCAGUUAAAGGAAAGUAUUCGAGUAGCCGCUUCUGUCGGUGUAAAGCAGUUAAUGAAGGACGGUUGCACAGUAAUUGAGGUUGAUACCAUGGGCGAUCCUGCAGCUGCUGCUGAAGGGGCUACUUUGGCAACUUAUCACUUUCAUCAACUAAAAACUUUAAAACAAAACUAUUCCAAGAAUACUAUGGAAGACGUACGUAUCUCCCCGUUGAAUGCUCACGAAGAGGUUUGUUUACAAUCUUGGAGUAAAGGCGUCAUUUACGCUGAAUGUCAAAAUCUUGCCAGGACUUUAAUGGAGUUGCCCGCUAAUAUUCUCACUCCCUCCUCUUUUUGUGAACGAACCGUUCAACUCUUUAAUAACUUUUCCGACUCUGUUCGUUGUUCUAUUCGGGAUGAAGAGUGGAUCCGAGGGCAAGGCAUGGAGGCUCUCUACACCGUCGGAAAGGGGAGCAUCGAGCCCACCAUGUUUUUGGAGAUUGAAUACUGCAGCAGUCCAGAGCAUGCCGUCUUACAGGAUCCGCUGGUUUUUGUUGGGAAAGGAGUUACUUUUGACAGUGGCGGCAUCUCCAUCAAGCCGUCCUCCCGGAUGGAGCAAAUGAAGGCCGACAUGGGCGGGGCCGCAUGCGUCGUUGGGGUUAUUAAGGCCGUGGCGUCCCUUGGCGCACCCGGGCGUGUGAUCGGGCUUAUCCCGUUGUGUGAAAACAUGCCCUCCGGCGACGCGUGCAGGCCAGGCGACGUCGUCCGAACCAGAAAAGGGCUCACUAUCGAGGUUGAAAACACAGACGCAGAAGGCCGACUUAUUCUCUGCGAUGCUUUAUCGUAUGCCGAUGAACUCUAUCCUGAUGCGCGUGCCGUCAUAUCUAUCGCCACUCUUACAGGCGCCAUGGACGUGGCGCUUGGUGCGGGAGCAACGGGUGCUUUCUGUGCUUCGAGGCUCCUUUACACCGUUAUAGAGGAGUCUGGCCACGAGGCUGGAGACAGAUUCUGGCGUAUGCCUCUCUUCCGUCAUUACCAAGCCCAAAUUAAGUCGGAUGUAGCCGAUAUAAAGAACGUGGGAGGGCGGUCUGCUGGUGCAUGCACCGCGGCGGCUCUCUUGCAAAACUUUAUCUCGAAUAAGCGAUUUGCGCAUUUGGAUAUAGCAGGGGUAAUGCAUGCAAGUCCCUUCGAAGGAUCUGUCUGCCCGUAUUUAAGCAGGGGCAUGCAGGGGCGUCCCGUGAGAUCACUAAUUGUACUGGCCGAGAAGCUCUUUUCCAAAGAGCGUGUAUAUAAAUAA